GUGGACAAGUACCUGUACCACAUGCGGCUCUCGGACGAGACCCUGCUGGAGGUGUCCCAGCGCUUUGAGAAGGAGAUGGAGAAGGGGCUGGGGGCAGACACCAACCCCACGGCCUCCGUGAAGAUGCUGCCCACAUUCGUGAGGUCCACCCCGGAUGGGACAGAGGACGGCGAUUUCCUGGCCCUGGACCUGGGCGGCACCAAUUUCCGCGUGCUGCGCGUGAAGGUGUCGGACAACGGGCUGCGCAAGGUGGAGAUGGAGAACCAGAUCUACGCCAUCCCCGAGGAGCUGAUGAGAGGCAGCGGGGUCCAGCUUUUUGACCACAUCGCUGAGUGUUUGGCCAACUUCCUGGACAAGCUGCAGAUCAAGGACAAGAAGCUGCCCCUGGGCUUCACCUUCUCCUUCCCGUGCCACCAGACCAAGCUGGAUGAGAGCAUCCUCGUGACGUGGACCAAGGGGUUCAAGUGCAGCAGCGUGGAGGGCAGGGACGUGGUGUCCCUGCUGCGCAAGUCCAUCAAGAAAAGAGGGGACUUUGACAUUGACAUCGUGGCCGUGGUGAACGACACCGUGGGCACCAUGAUGACCUGUGGCUACGAUGACCAGAACUGUGAAGUUGGCCUCAUUGUUGGAACUGGAACCAACGCCUGCUACAUGGAGGAGAUGAGGCACAUCGACCUGGUGGAGGGGGACGAGGGCAGGAUGUGCAUCAACAUGGAGUGGGGAGCCUUUGGUGACGACGGGGUGCUCAACGACAUCCGCACCGAGUUCGACCGCGAGAUCGACAUGGGCUCGCUCAACCCUGGCAAACAAUUGUUUGAGAAGAUGAUCAGCGGGAUGUACAUGGGCGAGCUGGUCAGGCUCAUCCUGGUGAAGAUGGCCAAGGACGGGCUGCUCUUCGGGGGAAGGCUCACGCCAGACCUGCUCACCACGGGCCACUUUGAGACCAGAUUCGUGUCUGCCAUUGAGAAGGAGAAGGAGGGGCUGCAGAAAGCCCACGAGAUCCUGAGCAAGCUGGGGCUGGAGCCGUCGCACGAGGACUGCGUGGCCACGCUGCGCAUCUGCCAGAUCGUGUCCACGCGCUCGGNUGGGGGUGCCCAGAGGGUCCCACUGAGGUCCCCUCUGCUCCUCCCGGCCAGCUUUGCCCGCCGCCUGCACAAGACCGUGCGGAAGCUGCUGCCCGACUGCGAGAUCCGCUUCAUCCGCUCCGAGGACGGCAGCGGCAAAGGCGCGGCCAUGGUGACGGCCGUGGCCUACCGGCUGGCUGCUCAGCACCAGGCCCGCCAGAAGAUCCUGGAGCCCCUCAAGCUGAGCCACGAGCAGCUGCUGGAGGUGAAGGAGAGGAUGAGGAUAGAGAUGGAGAAAGGGCUGGGCAAGGAGACGCACGAGGAGGCGACGGUGAAGAUGCUGCCCACCUACGUGUGCUCCACUCCUGAUGGAACAGAAAAGGGAGAUUUCCUGGCCCUGGAUCUGGGAGGAACCAACUUCCGCGUGCUGCUGGUGCGCGUCAGGAACGGGAUGCGGCGCGGGGUGGAGAUGCACAACAAGAUCUACUCCAUCCCCGUGGAGAUCAUGCAGGGCACGGGAGAGGAGCUCUUUGACCACAUUGUGCACUGCAUCUCUGACUUCCUGGAGUACAUGGGGAUGAAGGGCGUGUCGCUGCCGCUGGGCUUCACCUUCUCCUUCCCUUGCCAGCAGAACAACCUGGACGAGGGAAUCCUCCUGAAGUGGACAAAAGGCUUCAAGGCGACGGGCUGCGAGGGAGAGGACGUGGUGGGGCUGCUGAAGGAGGCCAUUCACAGGAGGGAGGAAUUCGACCUGGACGUGGUGGCAGUGGUCAAUGACACCGUGGGCACCAUGAUGACCUGUGGCUACGAGGAUCCCUACUGUGAAGUUGGGCUGAUUGUCGGCACGGGCAGCAACGCCUGCUACAUGGAGGAGAUGAGGAACGUGGAGCUGGUGGAAGGGGACGAGGGCAGGAUGUGUGUGAACAUGGAGUGGGGCGCCUUUGGGGACAGUGGCUGCCUCGAUGACAUCCGGACGGAGUUCGACGUGGCCGUGGAUGAGCAUUCCCUCAACCCUGGCAAGCAGAGGUAUGAGAAGAUGAUCAGUGGGAUGUACCUGGGGGAAAUAGUCCGCAACAUCCUGAUGGACUUCACCAAGAAAGGGCUGCUCUUCCGGGGACGUAUCUCGGAGAGGCUGAAGACCAGAGGGAUCUUUGAGACCAAGUUCCUGUCCCAGAUAGAGAGCGACUGCCUGGCCCUGCUGCAGGUGCGCUCCAUCCUGCAGCACCUGGGCCUGGAGUCCACGUGCGACGACAGCAUCAUCGUCAAGGAGGUGUGCACGGUGGUGGCGCGGCGCGCGGCCCAGCUCUGCGGCGCCGGCAUGGCCGCCGUGGUGGACAAGAUCCACGAGAACCGCGGCCUGGACUUCCUCAAGGUCACCGUGGGCGUGGACGGGACGCUCUACAAGCUGCACCCGCACUUCUCCACGGUGCUGCAGGAGACAGUGAAGGAGCUGUCCCCCAAGUGUGAAGUGACCUUCCUGCAGUCGGAGGACGGCAGCGGCAAGGGCGCCGCGCUGAUCACGGCCGUGGCCUGCCGCAUCCGCGAGGCCGGCCAGCGGUAGAGGGAAGCAGGUUUGCCCCAGAGCUUGGUUUCAGCAGAACAGGACGCGUUUCCUCUCCCGGCCCCUCCCUCGUCCCCCUGCACACACUCGCACACCCCCUCCCCUCCAAGCAGACUCGUAGCUUUACUCGUUCUCGGGGCACCGCGGCGCGAUGGAGACGCCGUGGGCUCCGUUCCAAGUGUUGUCGUAGGAGUUUCCUUGCAUGCCAUAAAACCUGCUGUCGAGUAAAGCUCACAGCGCCUUUUGGCUUCUCCCUGCAUUUCCAGGUGGAGCUGGAGCUGUCCCACCUCCGUCACACCCCAGCUCUCCUCCCACCACCGGCCCUCCCCUAGCAGCAGUAGGGAUAACACUCGGAUGAUUCAGACACUGCAUUGUCACUUUAACAGAACCUAUUUAUGUGUGUCGGAGCCGUAGCUGUCCGUGCUGUAGAAGCAAACCUCUAAGAUUGGGCUAAAGACCUCCACUAGUCUUUUACCCUGAUCAAGGCUGUAUUAUUUCCAUGAAAGUCAUGGUAACUCUUAAAGCACAGGGUGCAGAGUUCCACGGGCGUGGCUGUGGCUGCACUGGAG